AGAGUAGUUUGACGACCGGCGAACCCCACACGCAGCGAGCAGCAACGAAACCUUGACAACCCGCACCUACGCACAUCGGGCCAGGGGCUGAACCGCCUCCACCUGUCUUUGGCACCUCGACUGCGACUGCAUCUACCAAGACCUUGUCAUCAUCUUCCAUCUUCUUUCUCCAUCUCCAUCCACCAACCAUGGCGGGUCCAUCCGCCCUGCGUCCGCUCAUAGCGGCGCUCACUUUCCUCCUCGCCAUCCUCCUCCUCGCCGGCAGCGCAACCGCCCGCUCGGCCCACCCACCACCAGUGAGGCGCGUCCACCACCCGUCUCGCUCGACAGUCCGCAUCGUACCGCGUGGCAGCAUAUCGCGCCGCUCCAUCUCGCCUGCCCCACAUAACUUGAGGCAUGACGAUUCGCUGCUCCUCACCGCCAGUGUCCCUAGCAUGGCGCCGUACGAGGUUGCGCUUCUCCUCCGGCCAACAGAACACCUCUUCCACCCCGACGCCAAGGUGACCUUCCAGCACGCUGACGGGAGCUCCACCUCCGAGCCCCUGCGUGCGGAGGAUUGGCGCCUGUACCAGGGCGAGGUUGUGCGCCCAUCAUGGAUCGAGCGCGUGUGGGCCGAGGAGGUGUCCGGCGUACAGCAUUCCCCGGACGCCUUCCUCGGGCGAGCAAGCGUUAUGGUGCACGAGGCUGGUGAGAACACGCGCUGGGAGGGCACUUUCACAAUCGACGGGACGAAUUACCACGUCAUGACGAGCGAGCGAUAUGAACGCACCCGAACAUUGGACGACGCCGACGUCGCCACCUUCGGCAAUGACCUCGUCAUUUUCAGCGAUACCGACAUGGGGUACGAGGACGGGCAGAAGCACUCGAACGGCACCGGGUGCAUGCACGACCGUCUCAGCUACAACACCGACCCUUCGCACCCGGUCCUCCGGCGGCGCGACGCCAACAUGUUGCUCGAGGGCCGUGGCUCGCGUGAUGACAUGGGUGGCAUGACUCCCAAGACCAAUUACAUCGAUUCUAUCGGGUCAGACCAGGGCUGUCCCUCCUCCCAACAGAUUGUGUACAUGGGUGUUGCUGUCGACUGCAACUAUGUGUCUGCCUAUGGAGGAAACAAGGAUACCGCACGGAUGCAGGUUCUCAACAAUUGGAACGCGAUCACGGCCCUGUACCGCUCCACGUUCCGGGUCUCGCUCGGCAUCAUCGAGCUCACUGUCGAGGAGGCGCAGUGCCCCAGCACCCCACCUGCAGACAAGCAGUGGAACCAGAACUGCACCCAGAGCGUCACUCUCGACAACCGGCUGAGCAUGUUCUCCCAAUGGCGCGGCAGCAAGGGCGAUGACGGUGCCGGUCUUUGGCACCUCAUGACGGCGUGCUCGACCGACACCGAGGUCGGUGUCGCAUGGCUGGGCACGCUCUGCCAGACCACUGCCAACGAGCAGGACGGCAACGAGUUUGUCUCGGGCACCGGUGUGUCGAGCGCCUCCAAGACCGAGUGGAACCUUAUCGCCCAUGAGAUCGGACACAACUUUGGCGCCAUCCACGACUGCACUGAUGGGUGCACGCUGCAGAGCGCGUGCUGCCCUUACUCGAAGGACACUUGUGCGGCCGGCGGCGGCUUCAUCAUGAAUCCCACGACGGCGGAGAAGGAAACGACAUUCUCCCAAUGCACGCUGGGCAACGUGUGCACCUUCCUCGGCACCGGCUCCAAGAACUGCGUUGUCACUCCCGACCCGUCCCGUACGACCAUCAGCCUCAAGCAGUGCGGCAACGGCAUUGUCGAGCAGGGCGAAGAGUGUGACCCGGGAAUGAACGCCACGAGCUCGUGCUGUGACCCCAACACCUGCAAGUUUAUCAAUGGCGCCGUGUGCGAUCCCACCAACUCUGCCUGCUGCACUGAUCAGUGCACGUUCAAGUCGGCAGGAACGGUGUGCCGGCCCUCGAUCAACCCUAUCUGCGACACGGAGGAGGUCUGCCCCGGCAACUCUGGCGACUGCCCGAAGGAUGUGACGGCCAAGGACGGCACCAACUGCGGCAACGGUCUGAAGUGUGCGAGCGGCCGCUGCACCUCGCUCGACGAGCAGUGCCGCAAGGCUGGCGCGUCGCUCAACCUGACGCAGGCGUGUGACGCGCGCGACGACCAGUCGUGCUUUGUCACCUGCAAAGACCCCAACGUCGCGAACCAGUGCACGAUUCUGCAGACGGUCCUCAUCGACGGCUCGCCCUGCGGUUACGGCGGCAACUGCUAUAACGGCACCUGCAACCCCGGUUCGUGGCAGGACCGCUUGAGCGCAAUGUACACGCAGAACCUGCAGAUUGCGAUCCCAGUCACAAUCGCGGUGGCCAUUGUCGUGGGCAUGAUCAUCUACUCGAUCGCGCGGUGCUGCUGCUCGGCGUGCGCGCGCGGCGGCGGCAAGCGCAAGUCUUCGAAGAAGCAGACGACAUGGAACGCCAACAACGGCGUGGCGAUGGCGCCCUACCCACAGCCGGGGUAUGCGGGGGCGAAUGCGCGCGGCCCGGGGCCCGGCGGCAGCCCGACGAACGGGUAUCCCGCGCAGCCGCUGUUGAACGGGCACAGGCGCGACAUCUCGGGCUCGUACUCUGACGAGUUGGGGCCGGGGCAGCAGGUUCGCCCGGCGUACUCUGAUCCGUAUGCGCCCAACUAUGGCGCGCCGCGCGCCGACUGGGUCGACGAGACGCGGUACAACGGCCGCGAUAUCCGCGAUGCCGACUACGAGCAGGGCCACGAGUACCGGUACGACGCGGGCGUGCCGCGCACCGAGUACGACCCGCGCGACAACCGCGGGUACUCGCGCCAGUAGAUGUGUAUUUCAUAGAUGUCAGUGUACGAUAUCACGGGGACGGUACACUAUGAGCGAUAUGAACACUUGGUCGUCAUGUUGCAUGCAAGUACUAGGACACUACUGUGACAAAUCGCUACUUACAGAUCAAUGCGGCCACGACUGCGGCGCGCGCGCCAUCUCGAACUCGAAGCUCGCGCCGUCGGCAAUCUGCGCAUGCGUAAUAUGG